AUGGCAUCCCCACCAACAUCGGAACAAUCCUCAUCAGCUGCAAACGCCUCAGAGGACAAUAUUGAUAUCCUUAUGAUGUCUAUGUCUUUCAGCGGGGAUUGGACUUGCAUAAUGAACCUAGUCCAUGAUAGUGAGUACGCCGGGGAGGAUUCCGGUCAACAAGUGGUCAGGUCACGCACCGUGUUUGGUGCGUCUCGGAAACGUACAGUUGGAGCCUUCUCUGGCUUGUCAAGUCGGCUGCCAGAGGGAAAUGGUUUCGAUAUCACACAAGUUAGCAUUGAACAGAAUGGGCAAGAGGUACUUGACUCACGCGUACGCCUGAAAUGGUUUGACACUUUUUUGAAUCUUCAAGACAUUGCGGAUAGGAUGAACCGUGAGGAGCCCCAUGGACUGUUUUAUGCGGGUGCCCUGAUGACUCGCACCAUUCCUCAAACAGAAGAAAACAAUCUGUAUUCACUUGUACAGGACUUCAUGAAACAGGUCAUUGAGGGGUAUGAGCCUGGACCCCCUCCUUCAUCUGUACAAACUGAAUUUGAGCAAUUCCAAGCUAAGAAUAAUGAGACCAUCCCAUCCAGGAUGGAUCAAAUAGAGAAAGGGCUACGCCUCUGGAGAGAUAUAAUAGACAGCCGACCUGGAAGUAGCCUCUGUCAAAAGGCCGAGCCAAGGCUACAUUUAGCGGUGCACACACUUCAAAAGAUGGUUCUGUUAUGCGCCCUCAAAGCGGCAGGGUUUGAGGGUGAGGAGACUCCAACUGAGCCUUCAUUUGAUGCUAUACAGGUGGAACCAAACACUCACCUUGUUCUGGGAUGGGCCACAAAAGAAUCGUCCCCUACCAAACCACAAUGGAACUCUAUUAUCCAACACAGCAUGCAACAGCUCAUGGCGUCCAUCAGUUGGAAUGAACACUAG